GUCUGAUCAACCUAAGUCACACAGUUCCUCUGCAACCCUCUGCAUGCUUGUCUACAAGGGCAUCCCCCACAUUCAAGUUCAUACUGCUCAGAAACAGUGAUCUUGGAGUGUUCCUUUUAUCUUGAUCUCCCUCUUACAAAAGAAAUCCAGAUGACACAGAAUCCACUGAAGACAAUACCUGGAAAAUGGCAGUCUUGGAAAUAACUUUGGUUGUCAUCCUGACUCUACUGGGACUUGCCAUUCUGGCUAUUUUAUUAACAAGAUGGACACGGCACAAGCAAAAUGAAAUUGAUGUAUCAAGAUACAGUUCAGAACAAAGUGCUGGUCUUCUGGACUAUGAGGAUGGUAGAGAUGUUCCCUCUCAGAGAUCUAAAAGAGGAAGAGGAUUCUGGCAUUUGUAUUCAACAGAAAGCAACACUUCAUAUGAUGAACAAGAGGGAUCCAAAGGAGAUUACACACCAUCAGUCAACUCCCUAGCACUGUCUCGAUCAAGUAUUGGAGAACAAAAGGGUGAUGCAAAAGCCCUCAAAGCAACUCCAGAACGUUUAUCUGGCACUGCAGGACCCAUAACUGGAACCAUUGGACCCAUAAUGCAAUUCACAGCACCAAUUCGAGCUACGGGACCUAUCACAAGACAAGAAGAACCAACACAUGUAGCAGUAUCUAUCAUUACUCCAGUACCUCUUGGUUACAUGGAUGCAGAACUUGCAAAAAAAUCAGAUUUCAAGGCCAAGUUUCUAAAAAAUGGAGCCACUAUAAAGUCUGAGAGCAGCCAAGAAGAAAACAAGAAAACAUUAAAGAAAGAAAUCACAGAUUCUGAUGAAUCCUUGACAUCAAGGCACAAACCAGAGUCAAAAAGCAAAGCAAAAGGCACUGAGUUGGAGAAAAGCAAGAUAGGAAUGGAGGUCAGGGAAACGGAGAGUGACACCAGGAUACUAAAAGAGGAAGACCAAGUAAAGGUGAGUGACAUGGGAAUACCACAAGAACAGGAGGCCCAAGUAGAGAUGAAUGAUACUGGAAUACCACAAGAACAGGAAGACCAAGUAAAGAAGAGUGAGUCUGGAAUACCACAGGGACAGGGAUCCCAAGUAAAGAAGAGUGAGUCUGGAAUAAGACAAGGACAGGGAUCUCAAGUAAAGAAGAGUGAGUCUGCAAUAAGACAAGGAUAGGGAUCUCGAGUAAAGAGUGACACCAGAAUACCAGAAGGCCAGGAGUCCCAGGUAGAGAAUAGUGAAGCUGGAAUACCCCAAGGACAGAAGUCCCCAGUAGACAAUAGUGAGUCUGAAUUACCACAAGUUCAAGGGACUCGAGUAAAGAGAGAGAAUUCUGAGGAUCAAGGAAAGCAGGGAGAUGCAAGGAAGAAGACAGAUACAGAAGAAAAUGAUGCUAUGAAGAAAAGUGAUGAAGGAAAGCGCGAAGUUAAAGGAAAGAAAAAAUCAGAACUUAAGAGUAAAAAAAAAGUUCAGUAAGGAGCAAAGACAAGUAAGGGAAGAAAGUACAACAAAAAGAUGGAAAGAGUAAGGGCAAAUAAAAUGAAAGUUCAUAAGUCAACUGAUUAUUAUGAUUCCCAUCCUCCAGAUACAAGUCACAACCCAGUUAUUGCUUAAAUGGAUCAUAAUUAUAGAAUCCCUUUAAUUUAUACAUCUACAGAAUGUCUACUAUAAACGUUUCACCAUUUUUAGUCCUCUUGGCCACAAAUCUCAGCUUCCAAUUCUUUGUUUUCUAAGUUGAUACUUUUAUGCCUUAGUGAAGAAACUGGAUACUUUCUGAAA